AUGAAUAAAUUAACAAGCAUGCGCCACUGGCCUGAGCGGAUGAGUCCCGCCAACUUCAGUAUGUCGCGGGCGAAUAUGGGCAUGCAGGCAGCCAUCAAUCCCCGUCGAGACAUGACAGCUCAAGGGCCGCCCCCGAUAGCUGCUCCGCCCGUUCCGGACGGCCCGAUUCACUACUCGUUCAAUGUUCCCUUCGCCUCCGACCUGGCCGGCCCCAACACGGAAGACAUCUUGCACGCUACGACCGAUGCCGUGGUACGAUGGACCCACCCCGAAGACGUUCCGGACGACAUACCCGUCCACGAGCUGUUUGUGCACACCACGAACCUGAACCAGCUCCGUGAGCUUUGCCGGGAGAUCACGUCAAAUACCCUUCCCAUUGAAGCUCACGUCCUCUCCACUACCCCCAAGAUUGUCAACGGCCAGGUCACUACAGUGUCUCUCUCGGGUGCUCCGGAGUUAGUGUAUCAGACGAGGGAAACUAUUCUCAACCAUACGCCGCUCUCAUUGCGCUGCACAACGGUUGUUGUGGACGGGAAUCUUGUCGCCAGUCUGUCUGAGGGAGUCCUUAAGAAAUCGGUAACAGAUUUCUUGGAUGAGACAUCGGUGUUUUGCGGGGUCGACAUCUUCCUGCUUGGCCCCAAGCUGACCCCCUUGACCGGGGGUCUGAACGGUGAUGUGGACCUGCUUCGGGACCAGCGCUGGCGUGUAGCCAUCUACGGAGACUACUUGUCCUCGGAACACGCAAAGACUAGAGUGCUCAUCCACAUUGACCAACUGCUUGGGAGAGUCGUCGAUGCCACCAUAUUUGAGCCUUCGAUGCACCAGCUGUUGUGUGGGCGCAAUCGCAAGAACAUCAAGUUGAUCGAAUCCGCCACCAACACAGCGAUCUACUUCCCUCCCCCCUUUUCCAGCUGCUUCCGGUACUGCCCUCCCAAUGCCCAGCGCCGUGAUCCCUCCAAGGUCUUGAUUACUGGUGAAACGCCUCAGGCCAUUGAGCAGGCCAAGUACCGUAUUCAUGAGCUCCUCACCCGGACGAGGCUCUUUGUCAAGGAUGUGACCAUCCCCCCUGCCAAGAUCGACAGCAUCUUGCUCAGCCGUAUGGAUAAGGUCCGAAGGAUCACUGAGGCCAACGGCGCUUUUAUCAUCUUCCCCUCACUCGGGUCAAGGAAAAGCCUCGUGCGUGUGCAGGCUGUUGAAAAUUUGCAUGUAGAGCGCUCUCUUCGUGAGCUCAUGGCUUUGGUGGGCCAAUUUUACACAUCGUCGUGGAUCUCCUUGCAACCCGAUACCCACCACCAGCCUAGCAACCAGGACAUCCAGGCCAUGCUUGGUGACAUCUGUGCUAACUCGGAUUCCGACGUCUCCUUUGAUCGGCAAUCCUUUACUCUUACAGGGUCCGACGAGUCCAUCAAGGCUGCCCUGAUGGUUAUCUCCCAGAUCAAGUUCGCCGUCCACGCUCCGUACCAGAUCAGGGUCCGCAUCGAGCUAGCCAACGAGCACAAGGAGUUUGUCAGUGGCAAGAAGAAUGGCAAGAUUAACAAGAUCAUGGGGAACAGCAACGUUCAGAUCAUGUUCGACAACUUUGGCGAAUACAACUUCAAUAUCGAGGUUAUUGCGCAGGCGUAUGAAUCUCUGAAGCAGGGCCUGAGUCUAGUUGAACAGGAGAUGCCGGCCUCCAUCUCAUUCCAUGUGCCUGAUCAGUACCACAAGCGUAUUAUCGGCAUUGGCGGGCAGCACAUCCAGCGCAUCAUGAAGAAGCACUCGGUGUUCGUCAAAUUUUCCAAUGCUAUGGAUCGCGGUGGUAUGGGCCGUGAGGAUGAUGACAGCCGUGUGGACAAUGUCAUUUGCCGCACCCCGGCUCGCAACGCCCAAAAUCUUGAGCUUGUCAAGAGUGAAAUUCUGGAGAUGGUGGAUCGCGCAGACUCCGAAUUCACGUCUCAGGUUGUCAACGUCGACCGGCUCUACCACCGCCAGCUCCUCACUCGACUUGCCGAGAUUGAGGACUUGGAGAGAACGUGGAAUUGCAAGAUUGUCUUCCCUAGCACUGAGCAAGCCAGCGACGAGGUGACCGUGACUGGACCCCAGUGGCUUGUUCCCAAGUGCAUUGAUGAAUUUCUGGGUAUGGUCCCUGACAAGCACGAAGUCGUCCUCGAGCGAGCGUCUCCUGUGAUCAAGUAUCUCGAAUCUCCCGACUUUGUCCAGACCAUCAUCCCGAAACUCAAGAACCAGUACGAAGUCGAGCUUACUGUUCACGAGAAUGCCGAGGAGCGCACCGAGGAUGGGUCACCCACGGUUACCCUCCUCUGGACCUUCACCCGGAACAAUGCCGGCGGUCUCCGUGACGCUAUGGACUUCCUCCACGCCCAGUUCGCCACCGCAAGCGUCGAACCUGUCAUCAUCAAGGGUGCCAUCCCGCGCCCCAAGUCGGACACGUUUGAGGAGUCGCUCCCUUUCUUUAACUCUAAGCUGCUUCAGCAUGCACCCGCCCCGGUGGCGACCGAUUCCCCGACCCGGCCCACUUUCGGAGAGGAGGUUGCCCGCGAGCGGAGCAUCCUUGCCUGCCUCCGGAAGCCCGGAAGCAUGUCAUCCAUUUCCUCGUUCCUAGACCGCCGAAAGAACAGCUCACAGUCGGCGGCCAAUUUUUUCAAGGGCUCCAGCAACGUCUCCAAGUCGUCGCUCAUUUCGAUCGAGUCGACACGCAGCUUUAACGCUGACCGCAACCCCUGGAACGAUAGCGGCGUCAACCUCCCCGAUGACGACGGCAACAUCUGGGGCCCACCGACCGGCCCGACGUAUGUCAAUGGGCUCGACAAGCUGACGGUUCCCUUGCCCGGUGACGCCACGCCGCGCCACCACCCCCGACAGUCUGCCGACAGCGGACGCCCCUCUACAUCUCAUUCCACCAAUUCAGGAUACCCCGGCCCUCUUUCUGGGCCAUUUCGUUAG